UCACAUCCCAUAAAAUAAAAUAAAGAAAAUUACGUGACAAAAAAGAAAGAAUCAUUCAAAAUCACAAACACUCAAAUCUCUUCCUUUUGCCUGAAAAACCAAACCCAAAUUCUUCAAGAAACAACACUUGUCGAACGAUGGCUGAGCUUCUGUCUUUCUCAAACCCACAAGAUUUCAAGAACGACAACUAAUCAAUCUGGAAUUCGUACAACAGACCUCAUCGAUCACAUGAAACCCAUGAAUCAUCUUCAAUCUACAGACGUUAACAACUACAUCAAGAUUCAAAGGCAACUAUGAACCUUAAAUUUCAUGUUCGAAAGAUCCGAUGGCUAUGGAUGAUGUUCCAGGAUCCAUGGGAACAAGUGCGGGUUUUGCUCUGAGGUUGGGUCAAACCAUCUUCUCCUCUGCUUCUCUUCUGUUCAUGGCGUAUGGUGUUCAAUUCUACAGCUAUUCAUCUUUCUGUUUCUUGGUGACGAUUAUGGGUUUAGUUAUUCCAUGGAGCUUCACAUUGGCACUGCUUGAUGGAUACUCUGUUCUUGUAACAUGUCCAGUUCGACAAAAGGGUAAUAAUGGUUUCGAGUUUCGAUUAAUGAAUCGGAAGCAGGUGUUAUCGACUCUUACAUUAGCUGCAGCUUCUUCAGGUGCGAGUGUGGUGGAUAUCUUGAUGAGGGCAGAUGAGUCUUUUUGCCCUUCGAAUAUCUGCAGUAGAUAUUUGCUUUCUACCAUUUUUGCUUUCUUGGCUUGGUUCUUGUCCAUGGGUUCUUCCUUAUUCAAUCUAUGGCUUCUUCCAUCUUUGUGAGAUCUGAUAUGAUCAUAUGAAGCAAAUGCUUAUGGAACUUGAAGUUCCCUUUUCUAUAGGACCUAGAAUUUGUACAUUUGUAAUUUUUGGUUUUUAAAAAGUGUAGCGUAUUUUUACAAUGAAUAUACAACAUUAAUAUAUUAAUAUAUUAUACAAAUUAUCAGGG